GCAAUCGGGAAGCGGAGCGGCCCCGCACGGCCAUGGCCAUGGCUAUGGCGUGGCGAGCGGCCCCGCGGGCGGCGCGGCUGCUGCUGCUGGGGCGCCGGGGGAUCGCCUCCUGCAUCGACCCRUCUGUCGGACUGACUGAGGAUCAGAAGGAAUUCCAAAAAGUUGCCCUUGAUUUUGCUGCCAAGGAGAUGGCUCCUAACAUGGCUGAGUGGGAUGAGAAGGAAAUAUUCCCUGUGGAAACGAUGCGGAAAGCAGCCCAGCUGGGAUUUGGUGGGAUCUACGUGAAACCAGAUGUUGGUGGCUCUGGAUUGUCACGACUUGACACCUCCAUCAUMUUUGAAGCUCUGUCCACAGGAUGUACCAGCACCACUGCUUACAUGAGCAUCCACAACAUGUGUGUUUGGAUGAUCGACACCUUUGGCAAUGAGGARCAGCGGCGCAGGUUCUGCCCAUCGCUCUGUAGCAUGGAAAAAUUUGCCUCUUACUGCCUGACUGAGCCAGGGAGUGGCAGCGAUGCAGCUUCCCUGCUGACCUCAGCUCAGAGGAAAGGGGACACCUAUGUCCUGAAUGGCUCCAAGGCCUUCAUCAGCGGGGGAGGUGACACCGAUGUGUACGUGGUCAUGUGUCGCACAGGGGGCCCGGGCCCCAAGGGCAUCUCCUGCCUCGUGCUGGAGAAGGGAAUGCCAGGGCUCAGCUUUGGCAAGAAGGAGAAGAAGGUAGGCUGGAAUUCCCAGCCAACUCGGGCUGUGAUCUUUGAGGACUGUGUUGUUCCUGUGGGCAACCGGCUGGGAGCUGAAGGGCAGGGAUUCAACAUCGCYAUGCAGGGCCUCAACGGAGGCAGGAUAAACAUUGCUUCUUGCUCGUUAGGAGCUGCUCACGCCUCUGUCGUCCUGGCUCAGGAGCACCUCAGUGUCCGCAAACAGUUUGGGGAACCCCUCGCCAACAACCAGUACCUGCAGUUCCGGCUGGCAGAGAUGGCCACACGCCUGGUGGCAGCRCGUCUCAUGGUGCGCAACGCGGCGCGGGCGCUGCAGGACGGCCGGGAGGACGCGGCCGUGCUCUGCUCCAUGGCCAAGCUCUUUGCCACCGACGAGUGCUUCGGGAUCUGUAACCAGGCCCUGCAGAUGCACGGKGGCUACGGCUACCUGAAGGAUUACGCGGUGCAGCAGUUCGUGCGAGACAUCAGAGUCCACCAGAUCCUGGAAGGUACCAACGAGGUCAUGAGGAUGAUUGUGGCCAGGAGUCUGCUACAGGGCUGAACCUGGAGCCUUAAAAUUCCUUCAUCUGUUAGAGCUCGGCCUGUUUCCCUCCCCUGCUCCCCAGCUCUCUCCCUGGGAGUGGAGAGGGGGAUAGCACAGUGGAAACAGCCUUCCUGCCUUACCCUGCCGGGAGCACAGCUGGAUGGCACAGCUGGAUGACACAGCUGGAUGGCACAGCUGGGUGGCACAGCUGGGUGGCACAGCUGGUGAUGGAUGAAUGCCAGCUGUCAAUGCAAGCCUCUGUCUCCAAAUUUUGCUCCUGGCCCGCUUGCCACACUAGUCCUCCUUGCAAAGAGAACCACCAGAGCUGCUGCUCACCUCUGCUGAAACAGGACUGAAAUGGGAACCUCGGGCAGAAGUGUGGCCUGAGCCCGUGGGAUCACUGAAAUCUUUAUUUUGAAGGAAUUAACAGCUCUGCUUAAAACCUGGGUGCUGACAGCACCCCUGGGAACAUAUGAUCACAAGCUCUAACCACCUGUACAGUGCUUUUAUCCCAGGAUAUCUCUCCUUUAGCUAGAAACACUCCCUCUUUCCCCAGCAAACCUCUCCUGAUGUCCCAGCCACCGCUUGUUCUCCAUAUUCCCACCACAUCUUGGUGCUUAAUCUCAAAGAAGCCUUUGCAGCACAGAAGUGCAAAUGAAAAACUAAGAUYAUGUACAAAAAUAUUGGACUCUAUGGCCUCCAAUCAGUGAAAUCAUUGCUGUGAGCAAUGUAAGGGGAGUAAAAAUAUUGAUAAAAUAAAUUAUUUUUUCCUCUUGGGUUUGRAAUCAAUAAAGCAAUGAUGGAAAUGUU